CGCAACGAAGAGUGCAAAAUGGCGGCUCCUGCUUUGGAAAGCGUCCCACAUCUAGAGCGUAAUGCGACCAACUCCUUCUACGACAGCGACAAAUAUGACACGGAUCUUGAGGAUGUCGAUCUUGAAAUAAAAACCGUGGCCCCGGUGGUAGAGGAGAAUAGCAUUGGCGCUAACAUCUACCGUUCUGAGUGUCGCAAGCGACAGCUAAUUCCCAUGACGGCAAUACUGAAGUACCUCAAUAAAGAUAUAAUGAAAUUACGACACCGAGCUAUGGGAAUUGAGGCCGCCGAAGCCCUCGCCGCAGCACUAGAGAUAAACACCACAAUAGUCCAUUUAGAUUUGGAAGGCAACAAACUUGAAGCACCUGGUGCGUUAGUAAUGUCCCAGGUGUUGGUCUACAACCAGUUUAUCACACAUGUGAAUCUGGCCAAGAAUAACAUGGGAGCUGCACACCCUACCAUCCGUGCCUCUGUCCCAUUAUCAGAGGUGAUGAAACGGAAUAUGGAGAUCAAACACCUGAAUCUGUCAGAUAACAACUUUACAGAAGAAGAUGCCAAGUACUUCGCACUAGGGAUAGAGGGUAAUGACCAGAUCACCGAGCUGGACCUCAGUAACAAUCACUUCCAGGAAAAGGGGGCACAGUACAUUGGGAAAGCUCUUGGAGAGAAUCGAUCGAUCGAGCGGCUCAAUCUUAGUUGGAACCAUAUCCGCCGCAGAGGAGCAGUGUCUAUUUGCAGAGCGUUACAAAAAAAUAAGACUUUGGUUUACUUGGAUUUAUCAUGGAACGGUCUCGGGUACGAAGGCUCUCUUGCCUUAGGGCAAGUCCUAAAGAGAAACCGCUGGCUGAAGGAACUAAAUAUCAGCAACAAUCGCAUCUCACACCGUGCAGCGGAAUUCAUUGCGAACGGUCUGCGGCGAAAUUCAACACUCGAAGUGCUCAAGAUUGGAAUGAAUCCACUGACAACAAACGGGGCCCAAAACAUUAUAGAGAGCGUUAGCUGCACGUGCAGCGCAAUAAAGGAAUUGGAUAUGAGCGGCGUUCCGGUUUUGGGAGAAUUCGAGUUUAUGGCUGGUGCAAUACAGCAGUCUAGGCAGUUCAAAUACACACACGGAGGAACAGUGUCCAAUCAUGAUGCUAUAGGACGGAAACCGAACGCCGCAGUGGAUCCAAUGAGAAAGGUGAUUGCACAUAUGCAGUCCAUGAACCUGCGACCUUUGGAGCUAUUCCGAAGUAUGGACAAGGAGAAAAUGUACAACAUGAACAAAGAGUCGUUCAGACAGAGACUCAAAAACGCUGACAUGGGUCUGUAUAAAGGUGACUUGGAGGAGGUCUUAGCUCUGGUGUCGGAGUCAAAGCAAGGAGGUGUCAACGCCGCCGAGCUUUCAAGAGGCAUGAAAAACCAAGUCAGGAAGGAGAAACUAGAACAGAUUAGAGUCAAGCAGCAAGAGAAAAAAGUUGAAAGAAUACCAUAAGUCAAUCCUUGACACGGAAGAACCAGAUCUAAAUGACGUUCGGGCUCCUACAACACGUUUCACCUUGCCUACAACGACACCAGUUCGGGAAAUAGAACCAAAGGAAUCUGGCAAACGACAGAAAAAGCACAAAAGGAGCAAGAGCAAAGCAGAGGGGAUAGAAACAGAAAGAACGACUGAUACUAUGUCCCAAAUGUCCAUGAUCGAAACAGAGAAGAAACAGAGACGUUCUGGCAGUGAAACGCCAGCAUUCCAGAAAGUGGAACGAUCUCCCACCGUCUAUUCGACAAAGGAGCCUAGAAUUCCGAGUAGACGUCGCAAAUUAACAUUCGAUCUUUUGUCCCGUAACUCUACAAGGGUAGGCACAAAUGCUGGAAUUACUCCUACAGUUCCCAGCCCUGCGCCUGCACACAAUACCCCCGCUGUGUCAGUGAUGACCAUGUCCCUGACAAAUGAUGAUCUUUACAGAGCGCCUUCCAGGUUACACAGCCGAAGUUACACAUCGUAGCAGACGACGUCAACAGUGCAACUUCCAGGUUAACAAAACCGUAGCUGUUUCCAAGGCUCUUUCCAAGUAAACUUCCAAUCUCCAUAUUAUGUACGGUUGGACCCUGCAUUGCAUCAGGUGUGCCAGUGU